CAGUCGCUCGCUGCUUUCUCUGUUCGGAACCUACCGGGUAAAAGUGUUAAAAUUUGCUUAUCGCGCAUGAUCUCGGACACGACUGCCGCAUAUUUAUGUAUCGCUCUACAGCUCAUGAUCGUGGAUUACCGUGUUAUCGGGGGUGAUGUUUACAUCGUUACCGUCUUGCAAAUUUAGAAUCGUAACAACUUGAAGCCUUUGCCGUGCGGGCUUUAGCGGCGAUCCUGCGGCGCUGAUUUUAUCCGUAUUCUUAUUGACUGUUAUGCGCCAGUUGUUCGUUUUGUUUAUAAAUAUAUCAGAAGUGAUACGGGAGCGUUUCUUUUGUAUUCGUUCAAAAUGUGUUGAGUGUACUCGUUUGCCAUUUUUGCCAUGAGUUCCAGGACUAUCGUGAACUAGCGGCGACGGUAUUUCCAAUCUAUUCGAGGAUUUUAUAAAUCUCGUUUGAUGAGAUAGAGUUUGUGAAGAUGGAAGAUGUCCGCAGGUUUACGACAAACCCCGGCAUAGUCUGUAUUGUUAUGUUAUGCAUUAUCAAAGUUGCGUACUCCACAUGUCCUGAAACGACCGGCAGACAAAUGUGGUGUUUUGGCGCGGAAUUAAACCGGAUUUCGAAUAUAAUGUAUUAUCUGAAGGAGACGUCCGAUAUUGAAAUGCUUGACAUCAGCUGGAAUAAUAUUAAAAGAAUCCAUCACGAAGACUUCACGGAUAGUGAUAACACGGUGGUUGUAACCAGGCGGUUACUGCAUUUGAAUUUAAGCCAUAACGAAAUUAGCCGGAUUGACGACAACGCGCUUGCAGGAUUACAUCGACUGGUGUCAUUGAAUUUGGCGCACAAUAAAUUACGAACGAUUGCCUCGACUGAAUUCCACGGGUUAAAAAAGCUGGAAAUUCUCAACCUGUCUUCCAAUCCAUUGGCCCAGAUUACGAUGGAUGCAUUCAACGGUGUCUUCUCACUGUCGCACUUAGAUCUCAGCUCUGCACCUCUUAUUUGUAAUUGCGGUCUUGGGUGGCUGUCUACGAAAAAUGGUCGUCUUCGAAAGUGGAAAUUUCAGCUUUCUGGAAUGGAAAGAUGCUUUACUCCCUUGGCAGUUAAAGAUAGAAAUCUGAACGAUUUACAGCCGAGUGACUUCUCGUGCACUAACCCAGUCACAUUGCCUGAAUUCUACAUUUCGCCAUCCGCCGAUCAGCUGGCGAUGCACGGGGAUUCGGUUGUGCUGACAUGUGCUGCUACGCGGUUUCUGGAUGGGUCAACCAGGCUGACAUGGCAUCACAAUGGAACACUCCGCACAUUCACCUCAGUCAGUUAUUUGGAUGAUGACGGCUUAAUGACUGCUACACUGACCAUUACCAACAUCACUCAGUACCACAACGGCAACUGGUCAUGCCGGGCUGUAUCCAGUGAAAAGAUUUUUCACGAGGAAUUAAGUCUGAAAUUGCUGGUCUUGGGUAAUGAAGAAUCGCACUGCCGGCAUAAUGUGACGGUUACGAAUCGCGGGACUUUUGAAUGGCCACAGACGCUAGCCAAGGACAUUGUGGUGGAUUUACCAUGUCCUCGCGAUCCGUCCAUGAAAGCCACGCAUCGAUGUGAUGGAUCUGGGAAAUGGAUAUCGCUGGAUGUGGAAAAGUGCCCUUUUACCACCAUGUUUGGCACGGUUAUGCAAGUGUACGCUACACCGGACGCGUAUCCAGGAUAUCCAACAGAUUAUCGCAUCGGAAUCAUGAAACGAUUUCUCGUUGAUCAGUCAGCGGAAUAUGUGUUGGUCCGGGCCGACGAAGCCAAUUUAGUCGUGCAGGCGCUGGAGAUUUUCACGAAAUCUGUCGAUCAGUUACAGCAGAAGUCUCUUGUGGAUAUCCUGAACAUUGUGGACUGGUUUCUUAAAAUGCCCUUUUUAGAGUGGGUGGAAUCGUUAAAAUACGAUACAGCACUUCGAAUACUGAAAAUUAUUCGACUGGUAGCCGGUGCCGCAGUGUCCGCAGAUACCUUUGAAUAUUUUGAACACCUUGCUGUUGUUACCGUUAGCGGCAACGGAUACAAUCGUGGACUGCGGUGUGAUAUCAGUCUCGUCAAUAUGACCAAAAUGGCCAUUGGAUGUGAUCGAAGUAAACACCGGGACGGGCAGCAGCCGCACGGAAUUCUGGGGACUGUUUAUGUUCCGUUAGACCAUUCCUUGUCAAGUGAAUCACAGAAGAUGCAUAUUAUGGCGUUCCGCAACGUCAAAUUAUUUGCCGCAUCCCUGAAGUCCAUCGUCAUUGCACCGGUUUCCGUUGCCGUUGGGGUUUUUGCGACAAAUGACCAUACAGCCGAAUUUAAAAAAGGAAGUGCAUUUGCAGUUGAUUUCCAACUUUCUACUGUUCUGGGAAGCGAGAGUGUCGCACUUUUCACACCGAGUAUGGAGUUUGAUGCGUCCCGAUGCAACAUUACAGCCAUUUCGCCAGAUAAUUUUGUAACCGUGAUGUGUACGCAGUUCGGUAUUGCUGUGGUCAAUCAGCCAUACCAUCAUGUGGUGGGUUUCCAUGCCGGCACUCUGGCAGUCCCGAUUCCAUAUCUCCUCUACGCGUCAACCUUGUUCGUAGCUCUUUGCCUGAUGGUCAUGUUGGCAAUUUACGCUGCUUAUGCCGCAUCUAUCAACCUGCCUCGAAGUUACUUCCAUGUCCUGUUGAAUCUGUGGUUUUCCUCGUGCGCCUUACUUUUGACCUUUCUCACCGGAUUUAAUGAGACGGAAAACGAGACGUUUUGCCGAAUUGUCGGCGUGUUCCUUCAGGCUGAAACGCUUUGUGUCGUCAACUGGGCACUCGCCGGUAUGUUUGUGAUUUAUAUGGAAGUCGGAAAUCCAUCAAAUGGCCAUGCUCAGAAUAAUUCUCCGAAAAUGCAAAAAUCGGCCGCAAGUUGCGGUAAUCUGGGCUGUGUUUAUUUAUUCGGAUGGGGCGUCCCAGCUAUUAUCACUACCCUUUCCUUAUCGUUACUCCGUUUAUCUUCGUAUGCAAGCCCUCGAUUUUGCUACAUUGAUAAUUCAUACAGCCUGAUCGCCAUUGGGCUUCCAACUGGUUUGAUGAUAUUUGUGUGCCUAGUGUACUUUUUUCUGUUAUACUGGCGCCCCCGUGAAGGCAGUGCAAAAGGAAGUGAUCGGUAUGCCCACAAUGCGAUGAUGGCAUAUUUGGCCUUGUUUGUAACGACCUACUGUUUUGCCUGGUUCUGGGUUGCCAAAUCGGAAGCCAAUCAGCAUCGUGGAGUUGACCAUAUCGCUUGGGAACUGUUUGGAUUUGUCGUCAGUGAAAUUAUAUGGGGUGUUGGAAUUAUGAUUAUUUUUUGGCUUGUUCGGAAGGAUAUGUUUGCGAGACGCCGGUCCUCUGCAGAAUCAUCAUCCAAUAUCCUUCUUGACAACCGGACGAUUAUUCCCAUGGAGGAGAUGUUGGUCCAUAGUGAAAACGGGCCAGUGUACGAGAAUUACGGUCCUGCUGCUGCACAGGCUUCGCAUGGAAAUCGGCAGCCCGGUUUCGCAGUGGAUAUGCAGAGUCCACUGCUGAUGAACAACCACCACCCUUACGUCGCUCCGGACCGAAGUUUGUGCUCGCGCACAAGUUCAGCUGGCACUGGGAUCGGCGCGGAAGUGCGCGUUGCAAACGGAAAUAUUUGCAAUUCACGAUUUAGUGCGCCGAAUGGAUAGGAUUUCGAAGGGAACCCUUGAUUAAGAUGCUGAUGUUUGGAUGUGAUAUAAUGUAGUGCCAAUAUCGAAUAUGUACUGAAUCUCUUUUUUAGCUGUUAAUUUUGUUGUUCGCUACUGAAAGCAGAUCUUUUUAGAAUUCAUUGCGUUGAUUGUUGUCGAGGUUGAAGUUUGUUUGCAGCAAGUAAAUGUUAAUGAUGAUAAAUUUCGAAAAUUUACACACUUUGAUUUGAAUGCACUUCCCGAAAAUGGGCAGUCUGUAGCAGCUUUCUUGUACAACUGUGAUGUAUGUGAGCACCUGCAUUCUUCCUCUAUAUUUACAAAUCUAACUUUUUCAAGACAA